AGGGGCCAAUGGUGCCUCAGGUCACAAUCGCGAGGCGUGACGGGAGUUGUAGUCUUGGGACGGUCUGGCACUUCGCCGAGACCGCUGGGAGCAAAGGGGCGUUACAAGAAGUGCAGCGCGCACUCUAUGGCUGUGGCUCCCGUUCCGCUGUGGGCGGUCUGCGUGCUGCGGGUGGCGCUGGCCACCGUCUACUUCCAAGAGGAAUUUCUAGACGGAGAGCGCUGGAGGAACCGCUGGGUGCAGUCCACCAAUGACUCCCAAUUUGGGCAUUUUAGACUCUCGUCGGGGAAAUUUUAUGGUCAUAAGGAAAAGGACAAAGGUCUGCAAACCACGCAAAAUGGCCGAUUCUAUGCCAUCUCGGCACGUUUCAAACCGUUUAGCAACAAAGGGAAGACGCUGGUCAUUCAGUACACAGUGAAACACGAGCAAAAGAUGGACUGUGGAGGGGGCUACGUUAAGAUCUUCCCUGCAGAUGUGGAUCAGAAGAACCUGAAUGGAAAAUCUCAGUACUAUAUUAUGUUUGGGCCCGAUAUUUGUGGAUUUGAUAUCAAGAAAGUUCAUGUUAUUUUACACUUCAAGAAUCAGUAUCACUCAAACAAGAAAUCAAUCAGGUGUAAGGUUGAUGGAUUUACACACCUCUAUGCUCUGGUUUUAAGACCGGACCUCACUUACGAAGUGAAAAUUGACGGUCAAUCAAUUGAAUCCGGCGACAUCGAGUAUGACUGGAACUUAACGUCACUUAAGAAGAUGGAGAAGUCCUCCGCAGAGUCCAAGGAUUGGGACCAGGCGAAAGAUGACAAAUCCCAGGACUGGGAGAAGCAUUUUCUGGAUGCCAGUGCCAGUAAGCCAAGCGACUGGAACAGCGAACUGGACGGGGACUGGCAGGCGCCGAUGCUGCAGAAGCCUCCGUACCAGGAUGGCCUGAAACCAGAGGGUAUAGACAAAGACGUUUGGCUCCAUCAGAAGCUGAAAAAUACCCAUUAUUUGACGGAGUACGACCUCUCAGAAUUUGAGAACAUUGGUGCCAUUGGACUGGAGCUUUGGCAGGUGAGAUCAGGAACCAUCUUCGAUAACUUCCUGAUCACAGACGAUGAAGGGUAUGCUGAGAAUUUUGGCAAAGCCACUUGGGGGGAAACUAAGGUCUGGAUGCCCGAAGUCCAAAAUCACUAUCAGUGGACUGAAAUCAAGGCCUCAGCAGGGCUGAGCAGCCUGAGCAGCCCUCCAAGGGCUCUGCGGGAGCAUCCUUCCUUCGCCUCUUGCAGCCUCCGGUGGCCCCUAGUGUCCCUUGGUUUGUGGCCAUGUGGCUCUGUUUCUGCCUCUGUCUUCACGUGGUCUUCUCUUCUGUGUAUGUGUCAAAUCUCUCUCUGUCUCCUAUGAGGACAUUAGUGAUGG